ACAUGAGCUUGCCAGGCAACUCCCCUUCACGCAGCUCCUUGACCCCGGCCAUGAGCGUGACCCUCUCCUGUUCCGAGGCGAGGUAUGCCGCCAGCUUGGACUCCUUGACCUUCAGCUCCUCCUUCCGGGCGGAGCAGUAGGGGUUUCUCAUCACCUCCUGCUGCAAAACCGCAACCGCCUCAUCCAG